AUGACGGUGGAAGGUCAGUGCAUGCAUACACUGGCACUAACAUAAAUACACACCUACUUUGACACAUAAUGCUAUUUUGCACAAAUACAGUCUUGCAGUCACACACAAACGUAAAAUGCACUCAGUAAAAAUACAUCAUUGCACUUACAUGCUGCAUUCAUUCAAAUCACAUAUGUAUUCAUUCUAACCGACAAUGCAUUUAUCUUAAAGGACCACUAUAGUGCCAGGAAAACAUACUCGUUUUUCUGGCACUAUAGUGUCCUGAGGGUGCCCCCACCCUCAGGGACCCCCUCCCGCCCGGCUCUGGAAGGGGGAAAGGGUUAAAAACUUACCUUUUUCCAGCGCUGGGCGGGGAGCUCUCCUCCUUCUCUCCUCCUCCGUUCCUCCUCCUGGGCUGAAUGCGCACGCGCGGCAAGAGCUGCGCGCGCAUUCAGCCCGUCGCAUAGGAAAGCAUUUACAAUGCUUUCCUAUGGACGCUUGCGUGCUCUCACUGUGAAAAUCACAGUGAGAAGCACGCAAGCGCCUCUAGUGGCUGUCAAUGAGACAGCCACUAGAGGAUUAGGGGGAAGGCUUAACCCAUUCAUAAACAUAGCAGUUUCUCUGAAACUGCUAUGUUUAUAAAAAAAAUGGGUUAACCCUAGAAGGACCUGGCACUUAAUUAAGCUGAAGUGGUCUGGGUGCCUAGAGUGGUCCUUUAAUAACACACAUAAAAAUGCAGUAACAGACUAGUACUGACUCUAUACACAAAGCAUCCACACACUAUAUGCACACUUAAAUCCACAUAUAAUCACAAAAAAAGUUAUGUAAUGUAUGUAUAGCAGUGUUAAAGGGGUCUGGUACCAAAUUUGAACUGCUGUUAGUCUAACGUUGUGUAAAUAUAUUUGUCUGUUGGUGCAGACAGUAUCCAUACAUAACACACAGUAUUGCUAUAUGGUGUGACCCUACACCAUAGUUUUACAUUGAAAAUUAUCCAUAAAGCAUUUCAAACUGUACCUGUUGUAUAUGCACUCUUUCCAUUUUGUGUAUUAGUGUCUAAUGAUCAGUUCGAACAAGUUCGAUACAAAACUGUUUGAGUUAGCUUUGUACAUACAUGAUAGUCAGUGUGUUCAUGCCCUUUGCAUAUCGUGGAUACAGUAAAGACUCUAUACCUAUUAUCAAUAGGUUGUUCUGGCUCUAUACAUAUAGUUUUCAAAGUCUCUGUAAAUAUUAUGGUCCAUUUGUGCAGGCUGUGUACAUAUCAGGUAUGGCUAGUUUGUACAGGUAUCAUACUUUUUAGUAGUCAUUUGUGCCUGCUCCAUAUAUCGUGGUCAGUUUGUGCUGAAUCAAUACAUAUUAUGCUUAGUUUGUUCCAACUAUGUACAUAUUAAGGUCAGUUUUUUUCCAAAGCAGUCUGUUAGUGUAGGCAGUGUACAUAUUAUGGAUGGUCCAUUUGUUGAGACUUUGUGCAUGUUAUGGAUGGCCUGUUUAUGCAAUCUGUGUAUAUAUUGUUGUUUGUUCAAGCUCUGUACAUAUUAUGUAGGGUUGGUUUGUUCAGGCGGUGUACAUAUUCUGUAUAGCCAUUAUGUAUGCAGACUCUAUAUUUGUCUCUGCCAGUUUGUAUAUUUUUCUUAGUACAUGCUCUAUACAAAAACUCUUUUUAUCAUAAAUUGAUAAAAUACAAUUAAUUGAUCAGCAUUUAUUCCUAAUCCAUUUUUCCAGUUCUAUUUGCCAGUAUUUGAGCUCUAGUCCUCUCUCAGUAAUGUAAAUUCUUUCACUAACCUUUUUGUAUUUCUUACACUCUUAUGCCAAUUUAUCUACCAUUAUUGGUUUUAUCACUCCCUGAUCAAAUGUUAUUUUCCCAUAUCACAUCUCUCUUUUUAUGUGUUUCCAAUGCAUAUCUUCUCUUUCUCUCUCUCUCCUAGGAGAUGGCCAAGUGGAUUUUGAAGAGUUUGUGACACUAUUAGGACCAAAGAUCACAACUUCGGGGAUCCCAGAUAAAUUGCGUGGUGCAGACUUUGACACUGUAUUUUGGAAGGUACCAUGAUCAUUCUUAGAAACAAAAUGAUUUGGUGUCUGUAUAGUAGUGUUCUUAUAUUCUUUUGUAUAGCUAUACACACUUACAAACCUAUACUAUGCACACAAUACAGCUGUGACAGUAGUCACCAUCACUGGGAGCAGAAGGACACUUUACAAUGGUUCCUAAAUGACUCCUAUGUCUCAGGCACCCUGUGCCCAUUUAAAAAAGAAAAAGGGCACAGGGUGCCUGAGACAUGGGAGACAUUUAGGAACCAUUGUAAAGUGUCCUUCUGCUCCCAGUGAUGGUGACUACCAUCACAACAGCAAUACCACAUGGACUUUUAAUAACAUUUGAGAUAUUUGUGAAGUCACACAUUUUGGAAUAAGGAACCCACAAGUCACUUAUACAUUAAAUGGGUUAUAUUUAGGGAUAACUUUAAAUGAAAAAAGGACUUGGAAACUAUUAUAGAUCACAUACUAAGCAACAGUUUGCAAUCCUGGUCUGCCAUUGCAAAAGCUACUAAGUUGCUUUCGUGCAUAAAAAGAGAUAUUGAUUCAGUUUAUCUAAAUAUAUUUUUUUGCCUCUUUAUAAAUCAAUGGUAAGACCCCACCCUGAAUAUGCAGUGCAAUUGUGGGCACCAGUGUUAAAGAAGGGUAUUGCAGAACUAUAUGAUAACCUGUUCCUCAGCAGGAAUAUACAACAGACAAUAGGUCAUUAAUUGAAACUGGAAAAAAAAGUGUUUUUGCUUACAGCAGAAAAAAGUGUUCUUUAAAGUAGGAACAAUAAAGAUGUGGCAUUUUCUACCUAAAGAGAUUGUCUUAUCAGAGUCUAUAUACAUUUUAUUUUUUUUGCAUUGGAGUAGCUUGCCCCAGUAGCUUGUGCAAGUACAAGAGAAACAUAGCAUUAUAGUUGGUCAGCAUUUCAAGGGUACUGCACAAUUUGUUGUUAAUUUUAUUUAAAAAAAUCAUGAGGAACACAAUUCUAUGUAGGUGAAGCAGAUAGAGAAAUAAACAUGUUAAAGCAUAGAACUGUAGAUAAAUUGCAAGACAUGUGUAAACCAUGGGGUCUGAGGGGUCAUCUAUGGAAAAUACUCAAUUAGAAUAUAAUAACAGAAAAUAAUAGCUAAACCAUUGCAGGUUAGUUUCUAAAUAUGGCCACGCAUAAUAUAGCCAAUCUGCUAGGAGUUUGGAUUAGUCACCUGAUUCCUAAUAAGGGAGAGUCUCAGCUGCCGCCACUUUCAGCCACCUUGAUGGAGUCCUUCUAUUGUGUUCAUGUACACUGACCGCAAAUUCCAUGUAGCCAGUAACAGGAGUAAUAGGCCUCCAAGACAAGUAGAUUGCGUUGGGGGCUUGCGUGUUCACUGGCCCGGUCUCAUGAUGAGUUAUUGCAAGUGUGUGAGCAAGAGCGAUGAGGUGCUGACCACUGCCGCUGCAGCCUCUUGCACCUACUCUUCUGCAGCACUCUUCUGGAAACAUGUGGGAGAGACCCACUCAAGCCACAUCGCCAGCAGGACACACCUUGUGGGCAGUGACUCGUCUUGCAGGAGUGGAGUUAAGCCCCAUUUCAUAAAGCCAUGCCAAGGAGGUCUCACAAAUGUGGUCAACAUUCAAGAGGAGUGAAUCCCCGAGCAAGGGUGGCUUUGGGAAGGGCUUCUGGCUGUAGGCCCCAGCAGGGCGGCUUUCUUGAGAACCAGGCCUUAACCUUCUGGUUCAGCUGUAGGCUUGAUGUCUUGUCAAUGGGACCCCACCAAGUCACAAGUGGGGAUCAUUAUAUCCAGGGAUCGGAGGAAGGGCCCUAAGCAAGUGAGCUCUAAUUUAAGGCCACCUCCCCUUCCCCAAGUGUGCCUGCAAACCACAGGAUAGCAGAACACAGACUGUGAGGAUCAGCUACAGACAGAAAGUUAGCAAAUAAUCGGUAGGGUACUCCAUGGGGUUGUGUGCAGUAUUCUUGCCAAAAUGGAGCAAGUUUAAGACCUUAAGUUGAUUCCCCCGAGGAGCUCCAGCACCAUGCCACCGUCCUGGUCAUCUGUCAGGCCCCACCCCCUAUAGAUAAUUUUAAAAGAGGAUUGGAUGCUUUUUUGCAUAAACAAAAUAUUCAAGAAUAAAAUAUGUAGAGUUUGUUGAUCCAAUGAGAAAUGUGUUUGCCAUUAUGGAGUCAAGAAGGAUUGUUUCCUUUUUUUGUGGCAUAAUUGGAAAUGGCUACAGUUGUUUUUCUUGCCAUCUUUUGAAACAGCAUCUUUAAAUACAGGUCUUCAUGGUUGAACUUGAUGGUCUUUUUUUCAACCUAGACAACUAUACAUUUUCAUCAUGCCAUUUUAAUAUAUGUGAAAUGCAAUGCAGCAGUGUAAUUUGGAUCCAGUUUACUGUCUGCUGGCAACAUAGUGUCAUGCUGCAUACUGCCCUUAUAUAUUAUUAUUAUAAAUUAAUAAAAAUUAAAGGGACACUAUAGUCACCAGAACAACUACAGCUUAUUGAAUUUAUCCUGGUGAGUAGAAUCAUUACCUCCAGGCUUUUUGCUGUAAACACUGAGAAAAUGUAGUGUUUACAUUACAGCCUAGUGAUAACUUCACUGGCCACUCCUCAGAUGGCUGUUAGAGAUCCUUCCUGGGUCAUGGCUGCAUAAAAUGCAUCCAAACAUUCACUAUCUCCUCCCACUGCAUGCAGACACUGAACUUUCCUCAUAUAAAUUCAUUGAUUCAGUUCAUCUCUAUGAGGAGAUGCUGAUUGGCCAGGGCUGUGUUUGAAUUGUGCUGGCUCUGCCCCUGAUCUGCCUCUUUGUCAGUCUCAGCCAAUCCUAUGGGGAAACAGGGACAAAAUAUGCUGCUGCAGACAUGAAUACAAGUAAGUUUUACUAUUUUUAGGGAGGCAUGAGGGGGUCAGGGGGGCUAGAUGGUGGUUUUAACCCUUAUAGGGUCAGGAAUACAUGUUUGUGUUCCUGACCCUAUAGUGCUUCUUUAAACAGACGGUAACGUAAAAUAUUACCUAAAAUUAUCCCAAUAGUCCUGCACUGUCAAAUGUAACCCAUAAAACUAAUUCCCAUUUUCCGCACACAGCAAUACACAAAAAAUUGACUACACCAAAAAUAAUCCAUGAUUCUUCAAUCCAGUGUAGAGAAAGAAAAUUACGUCUUCUUUUAAAUCCUUGCAGGGCAUCUAUUUAUCCCUUUAGGCUCAAGGAGAGCUGAUGUGGACCCUUAUAGAAUGUGAGAGAUGUAGGUAACUGCCUCUUUUGAGUUUAAAGACAGACAGAAAUUCAUUCAGUAAACCUUGUGAAAGUACCAGCAAGGCUUGCUGAAUACUGCAGUGUGAUUCACUAGACGUACAUCAGAUCAAUCACAUUGCAGAGGAGACCAAACUGAACACCUACAAACGUUUACUAGUUUACCUUUACUCACUCCCUAAUAGAUUUUACUAACCAUUUUUAAUAAUUACAUUGCCAGAUAGUAUUAACAGAGAAUUCUCUAAAUAUGCAGUUAACUAAUAUCACAUUGGACGUAGAAAAAACAAUAUCAUCAGCACAUAAUAUGUCACACACAUGUGCAGUGCUCCACAGUAGGAAUAAAACGUAAUGCCUAUUCUGAAGGCAAACACUGUGUAUGCAGAGUACUGGGCAAACUUAAGUACAGUGAACGAGGGGGAAUAGAUGAAGAUUUACUGCUUACUAGCAUGCACAAAUAUUGUAUAAAAUGUUUUUAUUCUUUAUGCUAGUAGAAUUAGUGGGUGAAAUGGCACUGAAGCUGACCUUGCUUGUGACCUGCACUUGUCCAGUAUUUAGCUGUGUAAAGUCCUUUGGGCAGUGACCACAGUCCCUUAUAUCCCUGCAGUGUGACAUGCAGUCACUGUCAGUUGAAGAACUGAAGAGGUUGCUGUAUGACACAUUCUGCGAGCACCUGUCCAUGCGUGACAUUGAAAAUAUCAUCCUGACCGAGGAGUCUGGAAACCUGGGUACGAGAGGGGAUUGUCCUGUCGAUAUGGAGAGUGAGUGUUGAGGGUAAACGUCUUAUAACCCUUUCAAGCAAAUUAAUUUCCAAUAGAAAUAGAAAUUUAUGUUUGUAUCCCUAUUUCACUUUUUUUGUCAAGAAAAUAAUAUGUGACUGAUUCACUAGUAGUAAACCUACAACACCCUCUUUCCUUUCUAUACACACAGUCAUCCCACUAACAGUGUUACACAUGUCUCCAUUAUACACAGUCAUUCCACUAGCACAGUGUUACACAUCUCUCCAUUCUAUGCACACUGUCAUCUCCUUAGCACAGUGUUACACAUCUCUCUUUUCUAUACACACUGUCAUCUCCCUAGCACAGUGUUACACAUCUCUCUUUUCUAUACACACUGUCAUCUCCCUAGCACAGUGUUACACAUCUCUCUUUUCUAUACACACUGUCAUCUCCCUAGCACAGUGUUACACAUCUCUCUUUUCUAUACACACUGUCAUCUCCCUAGCACAGUGUUACACAUCUCUCUUUUCUAUACACACUGUCAUUCCACUAGCACAGUGUUACACAUCUCUCCGUUGAAUGCACACAGUCAUUCCACUAGCACAGUGUUACACAUCUCUCCUUUCUAUACACACUGUCAUCUCCCUAGCACAGUGUUACACAUCACUCUUUUCUAUAUACACAGUCAUCCCACUAGCACAGUGUUACACAUCUCUCCGUUCUAUGCACACAGUCAUCCCACUAGCGCAGUGUUACACAUCUCUCCAUUAUACACACAGUUAUUCCACUAGCACAGUGUUACACAUCUCUCUUUUCUUAACACAGUCAUCCCACUAGCACAGUGUUACACAUCUCUCCAUUGUAUGCACACAGUCAUUUCACUAGCACAGUCUUACACAUCUCUCCUUUCUAUAUACACUGUCAUCUCCCUAGCACAGUGUUACACAUCUCUCCUUUCUAUACACACUGUCAUCUCCCUAGCACAGUGUUACACAUCACUCUUUUCUAUAUACACAGUCAUCCCACUAGCACAGUGUUACACAUCUCUCCGUUCUAUGCACACAGUCAUCCCACUAGCGCAGUGUUACACAUCUCUCCAUUAUACACACAGUUAUUCCACUAGCACAGUGUUACACAUCUCUCUUUUCUUAACACAGUCAUCCCACUAGCACAGUGUUACACAUCUCUCCAUUGUAUGCACACAGUCAUUUCACUAGCACAGUGUUACACAUCUCUCCUUUCUAUACACACUGUCAUCUCCCUAGCACAGUGUUACACAUCACUCUUUUCUAUAUACACAGUCAUCCCACUGACACAGUGUUGCACAUCUCUAUAUUCUAUGCACACAGUCAUCCCACUAGCACAGUGUUACAUAUCUCUCCGUUCUAUGCACACAGUCAUCCCACUAGUACAGUGUUACACAUCUCUCCGUUCUAUGCACAGUCAUUCCACUAGCUAAGUGUUACACAUCUCUCCGUUCUAUGCACACAGUCAUCCCACUAGUACAUUGUUACACAUCUCUCCAUUCUAUGCACACAGUCAUCCCACUUGCAUAGUGUUACACAUCUCUCCAUUCUAUACACACAGUCAUUUCACUAGCACAGUGUUACACAUCUCUCCUUUCUAUACACACUGUCAUCUCCCUAGAACAGUGUUACACAUCACUCUUUUCUAUAUACACAGUCAUCCCACUGACACAGUGUUGCACAUCUCUAUAUUCUAUGCACACAGUCAUCCCACUAGCAGAGUGUUACAUAUCUCUCCGUUCUAUGCACACAGUCAUCCCAUUCGCACAGUGUUACACAUCUCUCCGUUCUAUGCACAGUCAUUCCACUAGCUAAGUGUUACACAUCUCUCCGUUCUAUGCACACAGUCAUCCCACUUGCAUAGUGUUACACAUCUCUCCAUUCUAUAUACACAGUCAUUCCACUAAUACAGUGUUACACAUCUAUCAGUUCUAUGCACACAGUCAUCCCACUAACACAGUGUUACACAUGUCACCAUUACAGACACAGUCAUCCCACUAAUACAGUGUUACAUGUCACCAUUAUACACACAGUCAUUCCACUAGCACAGUGUUAACACAUCUCUCCUUUCUAUACACAAUGUAAUCCCACUAGCACAGUGUUACACAUCUCUCCAAUGUAUGCACACAGUCAUUCCACUAGCACAGUGUUACACAUCUCUACUUUCUAUACACACUAUCAUCUCUCUAGCACAGUAUUAAACAUCUCUCUUUUCUAUAAACACAGUCAUCCCACUAGCAGUGUUACACAUAUCUCUGUUCUAUAAACACAGUCAUCCUACUAGCACAGUAUUACACAUCUCUCCAUUCAAUGCACACAGUUAUCCCACUAGCAGUGUUAAAUAACUCUCCUUUCUAUACAUACAGUCAUCCCACUAGCACAGUGUUACACAUCUCUCCGUUCUGCUCACACAAUCAUCCCACUAGCAAAGUGUUACAUAACUCUCUUUUCUAUACACACAGUCAUUCCCUCAGCACAGUGUUACGUAUCUCUAUUUUCUAUACACAGUCAUCUCACUAGCACAUUGUUAUAAAUCUCUCCUUUCUAUUUGUAUAGUCAUCCCACUAGCACAGUGUUACACAUAUCUCCGUGCUAUGCACACAGUCAUUCCACUAGCACAGUGUUACACAUCUCUCCUUUCUAUACACAGUCAUCCCACUAGCACAGGGUUACACGUCUCUCUUUUCUAUGCACACAGUCAUCCCACUAGCACAGUGUGACAUAUCUCUAUUUUCUAUUUACACAGUCAUCCCACUAGCAGAGUGUUACAUAUCUCUAUUUUCUAUUUACACAGUCAUCCCACUAGCACAGUGUUACAUAUCUCUCCAAUGUAUGCACACAGUCAUUCCACUAGCACAGUGUUACACAUCUCUACUUUCUAUACACACUAUCAUCUCUCUAGCACAGUAUUAAACAUCUCUCUUUUCUAUAAACACAGUCAUCCCACUAGCAGUGUUACACAUAUCUCUGUUCUAUAAACACAUUCAUCCCACUAGCACAGUAUUACACAUCUCUCCGUUCAAUGCACAAAGUUAUCCCACUAGCAGUGUUACAUAACUCUCCUUUCCAUACAUACAGUCAUCCCACUAGCACAGUGUUACACAUAUCUCCAUGCUAUGCACUCAGUCAUCACACUAGCACAGUCUUACAUAUCUCUCUUUUCAAUACACACAGUCAUUCCACUAGCACAGUGUUACACAUCUCUCCUUUCUAUAAACAGUCAUCCCACUAGCACAGGGUUACACGUCUCUCUUUUCUAUGCACACAGUCAUCCCACUAGCACAGUGUUACAUAUCUCUCUUUUCUAUGCACACAGUCAUCCCACUUGCACAGUGUUACAUAUCUCUAUUUUCUAUUUACACAGUCAUCCCACUAGCACAGUGUUACAUAUCUCUAUUUUCUAUUUACACAGUCAUCCCACUAGCACAGUGUUACAUAUCUCUCCUUUCUAUAUACACAGUCAUCCCACUAGCACAGUGUUACACAACUCUCCGUUCUAUGCACACAGUCAUCCCACUAGCGCAGUGUUACACAUCUCUCUUUUCUAUAAACACAGUCAUCCCACUAGCAGUGUUACACAUAUCUCUGUUCUAUAAACACAGUCAUCCCACUAGCACAGUAUUACACAUCUCUCCGUUCAAUGCACACAGUUAUCCCACUAGCAGUGUUAAAUAACUCUCCUUUCUAUACAUACAGUCAUCCCACUAGCACAGUGUUACACAUCUCUCCGUUCUGCUCACACAAUCAUCCCACUAGCAAAGUGUUACAUAACUCUCUUUUCUAUACACACAGUCAUUCCCUCAGCACAGUGUUACGUAUCUCUAUUUUCUAUACACAGUCAUCUCACUAGCACAGUGUUAUAAAUCUCUCCUUUCUAUACAUAUAGUCAUCCCACUAGCACAGUGUUACACAUAUCUCCAUGCUAUGCACACAGUCAUCACACUAGCACAGUGUUACAUAUCUCUCUUUUCAAUACACACAGUCAUUCCACUAGCACAGUGUUACACAUCUCUCCUUUCUAUACACAGUCAUCCCACUAGCACAGGGUUACACGUCUCUCUUUUCUAUGCAUGCAGUCAUCCCACUAGCACAGUGUUACAUAUCUCUAUUUUCUAUUUACACAGUCAUCCCACUAGCACAGUGUUACAUAUCUCUAUUUUCUAUUUACACAGUCAUCCCACUAGCACAGUGUUACAUAUCUCUCCAAUGUAUGCACACAGUCAUUCCACUAGCACAGUGUUACACAUCUCUACUUUCUAUACACACUAUCAUCUCUCUAGCACAGUAUUAAACAUCUCUCUUUUCUAUAAACACAGUCAUCCCACUAGCAGUGUUACAUAUAUCUCUGUUCUAUAAACACAUUCAUCCCACUAGCACAGUAUUACACAUCUCUCCGUUCAAUGCACACAGUUAUCCCACUAGCAGUGUUACAUAACUCUCCUUUCCAUACAUACAGUCAUCCCACUAGCACAGUGUUACACAUCUCUCCUUUCUAUACACAGUCAUCCCACUAGCACAGUGUUACAUAUCUCUAUUUUCUAUUUACACAGUCAUCCCACUAGCAGUGUUACAUAACUCUCCUUUCCAUACAUACAGUCAUCUCACUAGCACAGUGUUAUAAAUCUCUCCUUUCUAUACAUAUAGUCAUCCCACUAGCACAGUGUUACACAUAUCUCCAUGCUAUGCACUCAGUCAUCACACUAGCACAGUGUUACAUAUCUCUCUUUUCAAUACACACAGUCAUUCCACUAGCACAGUGUUAUAUAUCUCUAUUUUCUAUUUACACAGUCAUCCCACUAGCACAGUGUUACAUAUCUCUAUUUUCUAUUUACACAGUCAUCCCACUAGCACAGUGUUACAUAUCUCUAUUUUCUAUUUACACAGUCAUCCCACUAGCACAGUGUUACAUAUCUCUCCGUUCUAUGCACACAGUCAUCCCACUAGCGCAGUGUUACACAUCUCUCCAUUAUACACAGAGUUAUUCCACUAGCACAGUGUUACACAUCUCUCUUUUCUUAACACAGUCAUCCCACUAGCACAGUGUUACACAUCUCUCCAUUGUAUGCACACAGUCAUUUCACUAGCACAGUGUUACACAUCUCUCCUUUCUAUACACACUGUCAUCUCCCUAGCACAGUGUUACACAUCACUCUUUUCUAUAUCCACAGUCAUCUCACUGUCUAUAUACACAGUCCGUUCUAUGCACACAGUCAUCCCACUUGCAUAGUGCUACACAUCUCUCCAUUCUAUACACACAGUCAUUCCACUAAUACAGUGUUACACAUCUAUCAGUUCUAUGCACACAGUCAUCCCACUAACACAGUGUUACACAUCUCUACUUUCUAUACACACUAUCAUCUCUCUAGCACAGUAUUAAACAUCUCUCUUUUCUAUAAACACAGUCAUCCCACUAGCAGUGUUACACAUAUCUCUGUUCUAUAAACACAGUCAUCCUACUAGCACAGUAUUACACAUCUCUCCAUUCAAUGCACACAGUUAUCCCACUAGCAGUGUUAAAUAACUCUCCUUUCUAUACAUACAGUCAUCCCACUAGCACAGUGUUACACAUCUCUCCGUUCUGCUCACACAAUCAUCCCACUAGCAAAGUGUUACAUAACUCUCUUUUCUAUACACACAGUCAUUCCCUCAGCACAGUGUUACAGAUCUCUAUUUUCUAUACACAGUCAUCUCACUAGCACAGUGUUAUAAAUCUCUCCUUUCUAUACAUAUAGUCAUCCCACUAGCACAGUGUUACAUAUCUCUCUUGUCUAUGCACACAGUCAUCCCACUAGCAGUGUUACACAUAUCUCUGUUCUAUAAACACAGUCAUCCCACUAGCACAGUAUUACACAUCUCUCCGUUCAAUGCACACAGUUAUCCCACUAGCAGUGUUACAUAACUCUCCUUUCCAUACAUACAGUCAUCCCACUAGCACAGUGUUACACAUAUCUCCAUGCUAUGCACUCAGUCAUCACACUAGCACAGUCUUACAUAUCUCUCUUUUCAAUACACACAGUCAUUCCACUAGCACAGUGUUACACAUCUCUCCUUUCUAUAAACAGUCAUCCCACUAGCACAGGGUUACACGUCUCUCUUUUCUAUGCACACAGUCAUCCCACUAGCACAGUGUUACAUAUCUCUCUUUUCUAUGCACACAGUCAUCCCACUAGCACAGUGUUACAUAUCUCUAUUUUCUAUUUACACAGUCAUCCCACUAGCACAGUGUUACAUAUCUCUCCUUUCUAUAUACACAGUCAUCCCACUAGCACAGUGUUACACAUCUCUCCGUUCUAUGCACACAGUCAUCCCACUAGCGCAGUGUUACACAUCUCUCCAUUAUACACAGAGUUAUUCCACUAGCACAGUGUUACACAUCUCUCUUUUCUUAACACAGUCAUCCCACUAACACAGUGUUACACAUCUCUCCAAUGUAUGCACACAGUCAUUCCACUAGCACAGUGUUACACAUCUCUACUUUCUAUACACACUAUCAUCUCUCUAGCACAGUAUUAAACAUCUCUCUUUUCUAUAAACACAGUCAUCCCACUAGCAGUGUUACACAUAUCUCUGUUCUAUAAACACAGUCAUCCCACUAGCACAGUAUUGCACAUCUCUCCGUUCAAUGCACACAGUCAUCACACUAGCACAGUGUUACAUAUCUCUCCAUGCUAUGCACACAGUCAUCACACUAGCACAGUGUUACACAUCUCUCCGUUCUGCUCACACAAUCAUCCCACUAGCAAAGUGUUACAUAACUCUCUUUUCUAUACACACAGUCAUUCCCUCAGGACAGUGUUACAGAUCUCUAUUUUCUAUACAUAGAAAGGAGAGAUUUAUAACACUGUGCUAGUGAGAACUAGCACAGUGUUAUAAAUCUCUCCUUUCUAUACAUAUAGUCAUCCCACUAGCACAGUGUUACACAUCUCUCCAUGCUAUGCACACAGUCAUCACACUAGCACAGUGUUACAUAUCUCUCUUUUCAAUACACACAGUCAUUCCACUAGCACAGUGUUAUAUAUCUCUAUUUUCUAUUUACACAGUCAUCCCACUAGCACAGUGUUACAUAUCUCUAUUUUCUAUUUACACAGUCAUCCCACUAGCACAGUGUUACAUAUCUCUAUUUUCUAUUUACACAGUCAUCCCACUAGCACAGUGUUACAUAUCUCUCCUUUCUAUAUACACAGUCAUCCCACUAGCACAGUGUUACACAACUCUCCGUUCUAUGCACACAGUCAUCCCACUAGCGCAGUGUUACACAUCUCUCUUUUCUAUAAACACAGUCAUCCCACUAGCAGUGUUACACAUAUCUCUGUUCUAUAAACACAGUCAUCCCACUAGCACAGUAUUACACAUCUCUCCGUUCAAUGCACACAGUUAUCCCACUAGCAGUGUUAAAUAACUCUCCUUUCUAUACAUACAGUCAUCCCACUAGCACAGUGUUACACAUCUCUCCGUUCUGCUCACACAAUCAUCCCACUAGCAAAGUGUUACAUAACUCUCUUUUCUAUACACACAGUCAUUCCCUCAGCACAGUGUUACAGAUCUCUAUUUUCUAUACACAGUCAUCUCACUAGCACAGCGUUAUAAAUCUCUCCUUUCUAUACAUAUAGUCAUCCCACUAGCACAGUGUUACACAUAUCUCCAUGCUAUGCACACAGUCAUCACACUAGCACAGUGUUACAUAUCUCUCUUUUCAAUACACACAGUCAUUCCACUAGCACAGUGUUACACAUCUCUCCUUUCUAUACACAGUCAUCCCACUAGCACAGGGUUACACGUCUCUCUUUUCUAUGCACACAGUCAUCCCACUAGCACAGUGUUACAUAUCUCUAUUUUCUAUUUAGACAGUCAUCCCACUAGCACAGUGUUACAUAUCUCUAUUUUCUAUUUACACAGUCAUCCCACUAGCACAGUGUUACAUAUCUCUAUUUUCUAUUUACACAGUCAUCCCACUAGCAUAGUGUUGCAUAUCUCUCUUUUCUUUUUACACAGUCAUCCCACUAGCACAGUGUUACAUAUCUCUAUUUUCUAUUUACACAGUCAUCCCACUAGCACAGUGUUACAUAUCUCUAUUUUCUAUUUACACAGUCAUCCCACUAGCACAGUGUUACAUAUCUCUAUUUUCUAUUUACACAGUGUUACAUAUCUCUAUUUUCUAUUUACACAGUCAUCCCUCUAGCACAGUGUUACAUAUCUCUAUUUUCUAUUUACACAGUCAUCCCACUAGCACAGUGUUACAUAUCUCUAUUUUCUAUUUACACAGUCAUCCCACUAGCACAGUGUUACAUAUCUCUCCAAUGUAUGCACACAGUCAUUCCACUAGCACAGUGUUACACAUCUCUACUUUCUAUACACACUAUCAUCUCUCUAGCACAGUAUUAAACAUCUCUCUUUUCUAUAAACACAGUCAUCCCACUAGCAGUGUUACACAUAUCUCUGUUCUAUAAACACAGUCAUCCCACUAGCACAGUAUUACACAUCUCUCCGUUCAAUGCACACAGUUAUCCCACUAGCAGUGUUACAUAACUCUCCUUUCCAUACAUACAGUCAUCCCACUAGCACAGUGUUACACAUCUCUCCGUUCUGCUUACACAGUCAUUCCCUCAGCACAGUGUUACAGAUCUCUAUUUUCUAUACACAGUCAUCUCACUAGCACAGCGUUAUAAAUCUCUCCUUUCUAUACAUAUAGUCAUCCCACUAGCACAGUGUUACACAUAUCUCCAUGCUAUGCACACAGUCAUCACACUAGCACAGUGUUACAUAUCUCUCUUUUCAAUACACACAGUCAUUCCACUAGCACAGUGUUACACAUCUCUCCUUUUUGUACACAGUCAUCCCACUAGCACAGGGUUACACGUCUCUCUUUUCUAUGCACACAGUCAUCCCACUAGCACAGUGUUACAUAUCUCUAUUUUCUAUUGAGACAGUCAUCCCACUAGCACAGUGUUACAUAUCUCUAUUUUCUAUUUACACAGUCAUCCCACUAGCACAGUGUUACAUAUCUCUAUUUUCUAUUUACACAGUCAUCCCACUAGCAUAGUGUUACAUAUCUCUCUUUUCUAUGCACACAGUCAUCCCACUAGCACAGUGUUACAUAUCUCUAUUUUCUAUUUACACAGUCAUCCCACUAGCACAGUGUUACAUAUCUCUCCAAUGUAUGCACACAGUCAUUCCACUGGCACAGUGUUACACAUCUCUACUUUCUAUACACACAGUCAUUCCACUAAUACAGUGUUACACAUCUAUCAGUUCUAUGCACACAGUCAUCCCACUAACACAGUGUUACACAUCUCUAUAUUCUAUGCACACAGUCAUCCCACUAGCACAGUGUUACAUAUGUCUCCGUUCUAUGCACACAGUCAUCCCACUAGCACAGUGUUACACAUCUCUCCAUUCUAUGCACAGUCAUUCCACUAGCUAACUGUUACACAUCUCUCCGUUCUAUGCACACAGUCAUCCCACUAGUACAUUGUUACACAUCUCUCCAUUCUAUACACACAGUCAUUCCACUAAUACAGUGUUACACAUCUAUCAGUUCUAUGCACACAGUCAUCCCACUAACACAGUGUUAUACAUGUCACCAUUACAGAUACAGUCAUCCCACUAACACAGUGUUACACGUCACCAUUAUAUACACACAGUCAUUCCACUAGCACAGUGUUAACACAUCUCUCCUUUCUAUACACAAUGUAAUCCCACUAGCACAGUGUUACACAUCUCUCCAAUGUAUACACACAGUCAUUCCACUAGCACAGUGUUACAUAUCUCUACUUUCUAUACACACUAUCAUCUCUCUAGCACAGUAUUAAACAUCUCUCUUUUCUAUAAACACAGUCAUCCCACUAGCAGUGUUACACAUAUCUCUGUUCUAUAAACACAGUCAUCCCACUAGCACAGUAUUACACAUCUCUCCGUUCAAUGCACACAGUUAUCCCACUAGCAGUGUUACAUACCUCUCCUUUCCAUACAUACAGUCAUCCCACUAGCACAGUGUUACACAUCUCUCCGUUCUGCUCACACAAUCAUCCCAUUAGCAAAGUGUUACAUAACUCUCUUUUCUAUACACACAGUCAUUCCCUCAGCACAGUGUUACAGAUCUCUAUUUUCUAUACACAGUCAUCUCACUAGCACAGCGUUAUAAAUCUCUCCUUUCUAUACAUAUAGUCAUCCCACUAGCACAGUGUUACACAUAUCUCCAUGCUAUGCACACAGUCAUCACACUAGCACAGUGUUACAUAUCUCUCUUUUCAAUACACACAGUCAUUCCACUAGCACAGUGUUACACAUCUCUCCUUUUUGUACACAGUCAUCCCACUAGCACAGGGUUACACGUCUCUCUUUUCUAUGCACACAGUCAUCCCACUAGCACAGUGUUACAUAUCUCUAUUUUCUAUUGACACAGUCAUCCCACUAGCACAGUGUUACAUAUCUCUAUUUUCUAUUUACACAGUCAUCCCACUAGCACAGUGUUACAUAUCUCUAUUUUCUAUUUACACAGUCAUCCCACUAGCAUAGUGUUACAUAUCUCUCUUUUCUAUGCACACAGUCAUCCCACUAGCACAGUGUUACAUAUCUCUAUUUUCUAUUUACACAGUCAUCCCACUAGCACAGUGUUACAUAUCUCUCUUUUCUAUAUACACAGUCAUCCCACUAGCACAGUGUUACACAUCUCUCUUUUCUAUACACACAGUCAUUCCACUAGCACAGUGUUACAAAUUUCUCCUCUUUAUACACAGUGUCAUCUCACUAGCAUAGUGUUACAAAUCUCUCCUCUUUAUACACAGUGUCAUUCCACUAGCACAGUGUUACAAAUCUCUCCUCUUUAUACACAGUGUCAUUCCACUAGCAUAGUGCUACACAUCUAUCCGUUCUAUACACACAGGGUGAGACACUGAACAGGGAGAGAAUUAACACUUGAUUCAGUUUAGAAUUAAGCUGGCAAGCAAAAAUAAUACUAAAUAAUGUAGGUGCAAUCCAGCCCAACAAUAAAACUAAUUAAAAUACUUGUUAUUUAUAUGUUCAUGCCAUUAAAUAUGAAAACUGUGGGCGUAAUGGAAUUCCCUCUGAUGUCUAUGCUGAUUCAUCUCUUCUUUCUUGUGCAUGCUUCAUGUAUCACACUGGCAGACUGGAAGUUUGUACUGAUGCAACCUUAUUCUGUUCCCUCUAAAUUACUCAUGUUACAGGUUCUUCAAACCAACAGAUUCGCCAGACAUGCGUACGGAAGAGUCUGAUAUGCGCCUUUGCAAUUGCUUUCAUCAUCAGCGUAAUGCUAAUAGCAGCUAAUCAGGUCCUGCGCAGUGGCAUGAAGUGA